UCCCCUUAUAUAAACUAUCCUCAAACCAACCAUGCUCUUCAAAACAAAUACCUCGUUUGCCUCUCCCUCCUCACACCCCUUAUAGUCACGCCCUUCUCGUUAUGCAAGCUCCCGGUCGGCGUCAAACGCCGAUUGAGGUCCACACAAUCUCUUUUCCCUGAAACUCAGCCAAACGCGGUCUUAAACGUAAUAAUGAGUUUAGAAUAACCUCUUCCAAUUCCAACUUAAUUUGCGCCUUCCUAUUGCUGCUCUCUCUAUAUUAUUAUUUUAUUAUUAUCCGCUAAGGGUAGCUCCAUGCCAAGCCCCAAGAGCAACCGCAACGCCCAUAACGAAACUCACCGGAGGGGAAGGUCUUCCUCUUUCCACGGCCACACCGCCAUGUCCGUCGCUCAGCUCCGCCGUCCGAUGACGGUUUCCGACCUCUCCUCCCUCCGAAGCCACGCCGGAACGCCGGCGACGGCGCCGGAGGGCUUGCCGAGGCAUCCGGCCAAGAUGCUGCUGAAGGUGACGGUGCUCCGAAGCCUCGCGCCCGUGCAGGUGCUCAUGACCACGGAAUCCUCCGUCGGCCACCUGAUUGUGGCGGCGCUGCGGCAGUACGUGAAGGAAGGUCGCCGCCCGAUCCUUCCGUCCGACGAAGCCUCCGAUUUCGACCUCCAUUAUUCGCAGUUUAGCCUAGAAAGUUUGGAUAAGGAGGAGAAGCUGAAAGAACUUGGAUCCAGGAACUUCUUUCUGUGUCCGAGAAAGGUUGAAGGUGGCGUUGCGACGCCGUUUGUUUCGUGUGCGAAGGAGGCAGACAGAGUAGCGGCGAGCCAUGGAUGCGGUGGCGGUGGCGGCGGUUUUGCGUGGUUCAAACUGAUGCAAUUCAUGAUGUGAUUGGUUGGUUAGUUAUUGUUGUUUGUUUAAACUAUGAAUGGAAACGUCUUUCUUUUUUUCUUUGUUUGGCCACGGCGAAUGGCGUAUAUGCUAUGCCCGCUUACUUAUAAAAAUAGGUUGCUUAGUAGGUACAGCGUUUGAGAUUGGUGUGCAAGCAAAGCAAAUAUAUAUAUUGUAAAAUUACAUGUAUGAUUUUUAAACACAUACAUGAUAAUGUUAAAGCUUUUCAUUGCCACAUUGUAAAUAUUGUUUCUAUAUUAUAUGUAAUCUUAAUUCCGUCUUCUUUUUUUCCA